AUGUUAUAUCGGAGACGCGUCCGACCUCGAGGAGACGCGCCUCGCUCCUUCCAAACCUCCAACCCUCCACCACACCACACUUUACCCACAACCCCAUCGUCAGGUCCCCAUCAACGCUCUCCUUCGCAUCGCGCUGGGCGAGUCGCUGGCACUAUGGGCAAUCAAAACAGCCGCGAGCUAGAAGAGACGGACAAUUUCCUUCAGGCCAUGGGAUCGCCUUCGGCUAAGGAUCCUAUUGACGACUACGUAGCAUUCCAGUCUCUACGCGCCGAAAUCCAACGACAGCUCGACGAGCUGGACAGCGCCGCACUUGCUGCAAGGCUUUCUCGAGGCGACGAAGACGAUCGCAUCACCAUAGAGCGUCUUAUCCAGACAGACCAACAACUCCACCGGGAUCAUGUCCUGGUCGAACGACUGCAAGCCGAAGAAGACCAGGCCAAAAAUGGGGACGAGAACGCACACCCCACCGGCGAGAAUAACGAGAAGUCUAAGAAGAGAACCCACGAAGAAGCCUUUAAGUAUGCGAGCCAUGUCGAGUGUAUUGCCUGCUUGGAGCGAAAGCCGGCCUACGAGGUCAUCCAACUUGGAUGUCGGCCUGCUCUUCACCACUAUUGUCCCGACUGCUUGGGGAAUCUCUUCAAAGCCUCCAUGAACGACGUCACGCUUUUCCUCCUAAGUGUUGCAAAGUUCCCAUCAGCCUAUGUCAGCCAUCUCUUUACACCAGACUUUGUGAAGGAAUUCAAGGAAAAAGUGGUGGAGAUCUCGACGCCGAACCCUACGUUCUGUCACAGUCAGCAUAGCCAUCGUCCGGAAUCCGUUAUCGAGAUCGAUAGCAAUGACGAGAGAUAUGUCGAAGAGGCCGCUCAAACUAUGACGAGCAUCAGCUUUGUGUACGAUAUUGAUUUAGAUGAAGAGCACGGAGAAUCAUCGAAUCCGAUCUCGAGAGAAAAAGGAAAAGCGAAGUCUACAGCAGCCACUCAUACUGAGUGCGUGGCUUGCCUAGAGACCAAGCCUAACUUCGAUAUGCUGCGUCUCAAUUGUCAACCGACCCCUCAUGCGUACUGCCGCGAGUGCAUCCUAGAUCUCUUCGAGUCAUCCUUGACAGAUACAUCGCUCUUUCCUCCGCGCUGCUGUCGCAUUCCUAUUUCUUUGGUCGACUGUGAGCCUUUCUUCACGCGGGACUUCGUUGACCUCUUUAUCGAGAAGCGUAUUGAACUCAGCACCUCAGAUCCGACCUACUGCUCAAGCGUACCCUGUGGACAGUUUAUUCGUCCAGAAUUUUACAGCGGAGACAUUGCCACCUGCCCGAAGUGUCAGCAUGAAACCUGUAGAAUCUGCAAAAUGCGUGGUCACUAA